UUGAAUUUGGUGGCGGCGGUCGCACGUCCGGUUGGCCGCGGAGCCGCUCCCUCUCAGCUGGAGCGGCGAGGUUUUUCAGCCCUUGUUUCUCGACCUGCAGCCUCCACCGAAGCGCCAUGGCUCCGUCUAGGAAGGGCAGCAAUCGAGUAGCCAAGACUAACUCGCUACGGAGCCGGAAGCUCGCCUCCUUUCUUAAGGACUUCGACCGUGAAGUGCAAAUACGAUCCAAGCAAAUUCAGUCAGACAGGCAGAACCUCCUCAAGGAGUUGGAUAACCUGUACAACAUCGAGAUCCUGCGGCUGCCCAAGGCGCUGCGCGAGAUGAACUGGCUGGACUACUUCGCUCUUGGAGGAAACAAGCAGGCCCUGGAAGAGGCAGCAACAGCUGACCUGGAUAUCACAGAAAUAAACAAACUAACAGCAGAAGCUAUUCAGACACCCCUGAAAUCUGCCAAAACACGGAAGGUAAUACAAGUGGAUGAAAUGAUAGUGGAAGAAGAAGAGGAAGAAAAUAAAAAUAAGAAUCUUCAAACUGCAAGAGUCAAAAGAUGUCCUCCAUCCAAGAAGAGAACCCAGUCUGUACAAGGAAAAGGCAAAAGCAAAAGGUCGAGCCAUUAUAACACUGUUACCCCAGCUGUGGGCCGACUGGAGUUAUCUCUGGUGAAACCUACUCCAGGCUUGACGCCCAGGUUUGACUCCAGGGUCUUCAAGACCCCAGGCCUACGUACUCCAGCAGCCAGAGAGCGGAUUUACAAUAUCUCGGUGAAUGGUAGCCCUCUCGCCGACAGCAAAGAGAUCUUCCUCACUGUGCCAGUGGGAGGCGGAGAGAGCAUGCGAUUAUUGGCCAGUGACUUGCAGAAGGUCGAUAUCGCACAACUGGACCCAGAGGCCUUGGGAAACAUUAAGAAGCUCUCCAGCCGUCUUGCCCAAAUCUGCAGCAGCAUACGGACUCACAAGUGAGGCUGCUCUUCCAAGAAGCUAAACUUGACAGGAUGGACCUUCAAUGGGCACUUCUGGGACCCUGAAGACACCUCUUCCCUUCAGCCUUAUUGUUUGUUUGAGUGUGAAGUUCCAGAGCAGGGAGUGGUGUCCCUCUUGGAGAAUUUGGGAAGCGAGGAGACACACUGUUCCCCCAUCAGUUAGAGAAAGCCAUGUUAUUCACACUUCCCAACCCAGGUGACAAAGACACUGCCUGCUGCGUCCAUGCAGUCAAAACUUCCUGUCAUUCUCCCGGCUGAAUUCUCCUUCCUGCUCUCAGAGCUGCCUCCUUCUGCCUCCUGUAACUCAGCCUCCUCUUUGCCGUGCCCUAACUCCAGUGGAGGUGGCGUGAAAGCAGCUCAUGUUCUCAGGAAGACCGCCUACUCACCCUCACCAGAGAACCCUCUGCAUCUGGCAUUUCCGUUCUGUGUCUGCUUGAGGCUGGGAGGUUUAGACUCAGAAGUGAGAGCUCUUGGCCAUGAGAGAGCAGAUCCAGAAAGCUGAGAGGAACUGUACACAUGGGGCCAGGACAGCAGAACAGGACGUGUCGCGGCAGUGACCACAGCAGAACACCUCUCUCCCUCCCACGCCCAUCCCCUCUUUCUCCUGUGGUGGGUACUAAAUGGGGCUUUGGAAUCUUACACCUGCUAUGCCCAAUCAUUUUUUUCAAGCUGACUUGUGGAACAGUGUUUUGUAUUUAUCCCUGUUUACCGACGACCAAAAAUUAGUUUAGAGGCAGCUUCCAUGUCUUGUUCCUCUACCUCUCUGGUUAGUGGGAAUUUGGAUAAGGGAAUUAUAGGGCUUAGCUUAGUCUAGGGUUUUUAUGUGAUUGACUGCAGAAGAACCAUCUCUCAGCUCUCCGUGGUCCACUGGUCCCUGCCAGGUCUAUAGACUUUGCAGAGAGCACUUCUCUUUCCUGGGGUUUAUUGAGGGAGUGGGAGGGCGCGGGUAUAACUUGACUGGUGGCCUCAUUCCAUUCCAUUUAUCCUCAGCACGUACUAGUUAUUUGGAGUAGCACUCAGUGCUCCAGCCAGCGCCUCUGCUCCAAGAAUCAUGCAAUGUGGUCCCAGACCAUGGGACUGAGAGGUCCUACCCCACACUCGAGGGCGCGCAGUGCUCUCACGUGUGACUCUUGGUUGUACUGUGUGUUAUUUUGCUACAUGACCAUUCUAGUGAUUCAGUCCUGUUCAAGACGUAUUCUUUUCACGUUGUUUUAUUCUCCCUUUCCUAAGACUUUUGUACAUAUUGUUUUCCUGAGUAAUGGUAUCUAUAAGCUGAUUUAUUUUAAUCAGAGCUACUGAAAGGUACCUGUUUUCAAUAAAUUUUGGCUUUAUUUGUUUUUAAUCAA